AUGCAGAAUAUGGACGAGACACAUUUCGUCAUAAAUUGCAACAACAUCAAUACACUAGGAAUGCGCGUAGCCACAGAGAUGAAAUAUGCCGAUGUCGUGUCGGGCGGAGAAUCGAUGACGAUGAUAAUAACUAUCACGGGUGCCCCCCAAGCUCGCAUCGUGGCCCCGAUGAUGAUCUUUAUGAACAAGAACAGGAGCUACCCCAUACAAGGCGUUUCUGCCACCAUCUCAGGGGCGUCCAAUCGUACAAGUCCUAAAGCCUGGAAUGAUUAA